AGUGAUAACUACACAGUACAUAUUCCAAUUUUUGAAAGCACAUUCAACCAACAGAAUUCUACCUACUAUGUGCUUGUUGAAAAUAAUUUUGUCAUCUCUCAAGAGAGAGAUGAACCUUUAAUUGGAAUUAGCAAGAAUAUUUGGACACUUUCAACAAAAAAUUUAUAUUCUGUUACUAUAUUUAGAACCACUUAAAACAACACAACAUUCAGAUUCAGUUACAGGAUUACUUCAAUUAAACGAUGAAGGAAGUUCAAAAUUUCUCCAAAUGAAUCAUUCAGUAUUUUUCAAGAAUAUGAUUCAAGAAUUUUCUAAAAUAAUUCCAGUAACUGAACAGAAGUUAUCAACAAGUGGUAAAUAGCAAUAUGACCCUACUUCUCUGAAAAAAGUAUUAUUAUCAUUUACUUUGAUCAAAAAAAAGGGUUUACUGUACUUUCAUUCAAUGAAUAUACUGUACAUCUUUAAUUGAUGAAAGUGCACCUUUUACAAUGACGUAGUAUUAAUACUAUU